CUUCUUAAUUGGUCAAUUUGAGGCAAUUUCCAGGGUUUUUUUUGUGUGGAUAAACUUGAUCUGGGUCUCUGUUAAAAGAUUGAAAAGAACCGGUUUUGUUGGGAGAAAAAGCUAUGGAUGCUUCUUCUUGGGUGGAUACUUCAUUGGAUCUCAGUCCUUCCUCAGCUAGGCCCCUACGACUUGAAGAAACUCUGAAGAAUGAACCAAAUGGAAACUUAAUUGUGUUUGGAAAGAAACUUUCCGUGAAAGAGGAGACUGGUGCUUUAGUGGAAGAAUUGGACCGUGUAAAUGCAGAAAACAAGAAGCUAACAGAAACAUUAACAGCCAUGUGUGAGAAUUACAGUGCUUUGCGAAGCCAGGUGAUGGAUUUAAUGAGCAAAAGUCCAGGAAAAGAGAUUAGCCCUUCAAAGAAAAGAAAAUCUGAUAACAGCGACAACAAUGAUAAUAAUAGUUAUAACUUGGGCAUCAUUGGAAACUCAGAGAGCAGCUCAAGUGAUGAAGAUGCAUGCAAGAAACCCAGAGAAGAAAUUAUAAAGGCCAAAAUCUCCAGAGUUUAUGUCAGGACUGAAGCAUCUGACACUGGCCUCAUCGUAAAGGAUGGAUAUCAGUGGAGGAAAUAUGGGCAGAAAGUCACCAGGGAUAAUCCUUCCCCAAGAGCUUACUUCAAGUGUUCUUUUGCUCCAAGCUGCCCUGUUAAAAAGAAGGUGCAAAGAAGUGCUGAUGAUCAAUCAGUUAUGGUUGCAACAUAUGAAGGUGAACACAACCAUCUUCCCCAAUCCCAAAUGGAGCCAACAUCCGGUACAAGCCACAAUCUGAGCCAUGGUUCAUCCUCAUUGAACCCAUCUGGACCAACCAUUUGUCUAGGCCUCACAAAAUCUAAGCGCAGUGGUGGUGAUGAAGCUAGGAACCGCUGUUCCAGAAAACCAGAAAGGGAUUCACCACAAGUCAGACAAUAUUUGGUGGAACAGAUGGCAACUUCUUUGAGUAAAGACCCCAAUUUCACAGCAGCAUUGGCAGCAGCCAUUUCAGGAAGAAUGUUUUCAGCAAAGUCCAAUUGGGGGGGGGGGGGGGAACGAGAAUGGAGAGUCUCAAAAUAUAGGAUCAAAUUACAGUUUUUCUCCAUAUUUUAUUAGGAUUUACAUAUGUAGCUUUAUGGGUUUGUGAACUAUAAGUAAUUGUUAUGAACUUGGAAUGUUGUAAAUGAAUCAUUGCAAAAGAAUUGGGGAAACCAACCAAAAAAAAGAAAUUGAAAACAGAAUAUGGAAUCUGUUCAAGCA